AUGGCCAAUAUUCCUCAGCAGCUGUUUGGCCGGCACAUGAUACUCCUGCCCGCCCAUUGUGAAGUGCAUUACGAAGUCGGAGUUGCAAGGCGCCGUAAAGGCCCGACCAAAGGGGCUAGCGCCGAUUUCACUGAUAAUUCGUUUAAAGUCGGCUUCUGGAGCAACGAUCGCCGAAGACCCGGUGUCAGUAAUUGCAUGGUAUGGGGGUAAUUUGGUUUUUCCGACUGAAAAAUUAGAAAUUUUUGAUGACAUGAAAGUUUUAUGAUCAGCACUUACAUUGUCCAUGGGGCAACAAGCUUCAAAAAAUUUAUAAUUUUUUUAGCCUUGUUGUACCAUGGAUAAUGUAAGUCGAUUUUCCUAUUUUUUGCGAAAACUUGCCAAAAGUGGCCAGAUAUAAAUGUCGGUCAGGGUACUGGGUUGUUUUACCAUGCAAAUGUGGCAAAUUUAACGUAAUAGCAGUUUUAACGAGGGACCAAACGCCAGGACCUAGUACAAUAUAAAAAAACUCGCUCCCAGCUGGUUCAAAAUUGAUAUUAGAACCAAGCUAACAUCCUACUUUACCUUUAGCUAUAAUUAAGUUUAAAAAGUUUCGGUCAAAUCAAUAAGAAAUGAACAUUAAGUUAUCCAUGGGGCAGCAAUCUUCACAAAAUUCUAAAAUUUUAUGGGAAUUUAAAGUACGCACUUCUGGAAGCCUAGCAAUACACUUGGCCACCUGCAAAUUAAUUCCCGUCGGGACCCAAAAAGGGAUUUGAAUUUGUUUGUGUACGGUAGAAAAAAAAUAUUUUUUUUUGCGGCGGCCGCCAAGGAUUUUAUUUGUUUGUUCAUGGAAUCAACGGUUUUGGAGCCUUGGCGUGGUUUUGAGUAAGUUUUAUGUAUAAUAAAUAAAUCGCUUGUGGUUGGUGUAUAUUUUGCCGUAUUUUAGUUUUUUUUUUCAAUAAAAACUGAUGUUUUAGGUCCGAAUUUUAGCCAAGAAACGUGAGGACGAGGUCGUCUACGGGUUCACGUGCGUUGAUGAGUACGAUGUCCAGCAACGGAAGGAGUUCGAUGUAAAAUAA